AUGUUCAAUUGGAUUCGAGAUUUCUUCGAUAUGUAUCCUCAGCAACCCAAGUUUUCUUUUCUUUUUCAUUCUCAUUAUUCUCACAAUUCUAACAAUCGUUUGCCUCAUGCUGAUGACGAACUCUUUGCAUUUCUUCAAAUGAUGCAAAAACAUGGCCGUCUCAAUGACACAAAGCUCAUCAUUAUGACUGAUCAUGGAGCUCGCUUUUCAUCAUUACGAAAGACUCAUCAAGGUAAACUGGAAGAACGCUUACCCUUCAUGUCGAUUCGAAUGCCACCCAAAUUUCAAGAUCAAUAUCCAACGAUCAUGAGAAAUCUACGUUUGAAUUCUCAUCGAUUGACGACACCGUUCGAUAUUCAUGCAACAUUCGAACAUCUAUUCAAUUUUCAUUCACUAAGUCCUUAUCAGUCGAAAUCUAAUCGUUCAGUUAGUCUAUUUGAAUUGGUACCUGAAAAUCGAACUUGUGCAGGAGCCGAUAUUGAACAACAUUGGUGUGCAUGCCUAAACUGGCACAACAUAUCAAUUGAUGAGCCAAUCAUUCAGCAGUUCAGUCGAGCUGUUGUAAAUUUUCUUAACAAUUUCGUGUCAGAUCAUAAAGAGGACUGUGCUACACUUACACUACUUCGAGUGAAUAAAGCGAGUCGCUUAGAAGCCAAUAAUCAUCUCUUAAAAUUCGUCCAAUCAAGUGAUGUAGAUGGUCGAGUACCUCAAUUUCGGAAUGCAUCAUCACAACCAUUAAAUGAAACGAAAUUCUAUCAGAUUCAGUUCGAAACAACACCUGGUGAAGCUCAGUUUGAAGUGACAGCCGAAUAUGAUCCAAUAAAAGACAUCUUCGAUAUUCAGAAGCGACAUCUCAGCCGCGUGAACAAGUACGGCGAAACGUCAGCUUGUGUUGCUUGGAAAAGACCAGAGUUUCGAGAAAUAUGCUACUGUUCGAAUUUGUUAGUGCACACUAAUCUUUCUAGUACUGUUACUGCUGCAAAAUAA